UGACAUCCGAAGAAACCCGAGUACACCCGGAGCGAGCCGACUGCCGGUGCGGCGCGUGUCAUCCACCUUGGCUGUCCCGAGAGACGCACCUGGCCUACGCCGAUGGAAACCCGACAACAAGAGCAGUACUCCAGUGUCCUGAGUGAAGCCGUGCUGGACUGGGCUAGCAUGGGUCCCGACGGAGAAUGGGUGAACUCCAACCCACACGAGGGACCACAGGGAGUAAAUCAGAAGGAGGUGGGUCCCAAUGGGGAUCUGUGGACAGAGGCAGGUGCAGAGGGGCCACUUUGGGGACAGACACCACAGCACUGGGACAUGUCCUACACCUGGGACAUGCAACUGGACAGCCCAGACAGAGGACAUCUAAGCGCAGGUCUGGACUCUCAGCCUCUGCAAGAAGCAGAUGAAGAUCUGGCUUCAGAAAUCAACCUGAGCAACUCCACCAUGACAGAGGAGGAGAGAGAGGAGAUACAGCAGGAGCUAACCAAGUUAGAAGAGGAGAUCAGCACACUAAAGCAGGUUUUAUCAUCUAAAGAAAAGCAACAUGCAGAGCUGAAAGACAAACUGGGUCUGACUCCUUUGAGCGAACUACGGAACAAUUUCAGUCGUGGAUGGCAGGAUAUGACCAACUCCACAGCGUAUAAGAAAACUUCAGAGACACUGUCUACAGCUGGACAGAAGACUACAGCAGCCUUCAGCAACCUCGGCACUGCCCUUUCUAGGAAACUUGGAGAUAUGAGACAAAGGUUGGAGGGACAGGAUCUGGAGGCAGUUUUGAAGAUGUUCUGUCAUCUGCAGCAAACGCCAGUAACCAGGACACGCCCACUAACAGCAUCACGCCUGCACCCGAGGGAUCCUGCUAGAGCCACUGCUACAGAGCAGCACUUUGACCCGAGACUGAACUGUUCUUCAGUGUUAGAAGCCUUUAAAUGUCAUCAAGAAAUUCACUUAUUAUGCAAUUUAAUGUCUGGACCAAAAAUAACAGCACUACUUAAAUGUUAAAGGAGGUUUAAUAUGAAUGUGGACUGAAUGGUCUUAAUCAGUAUCAUCCCUAUGUACCCCCUAGUGGUCUCCAAGCUACAUUACAGCACAUAUAGCCAACUAUAAACAUAAAGCAAAUCAGAUGGUUGUAAUUUUGUCUUCUAUAAGAUAACCGUUCAGGUUACAACAAUCCUGAGGUCAUAAUUUAAAACACAGAGCUGUAUUGCAUCAGAGAUGCCUAAUAAUCCCUUUUUAUGUAAAUGAAUGCAGAUGUGAGAAGCAGCAUUUGAGAUGCAGAUAGUCUGUAUGACAGGGCUCAGCACAUCAAUCCAAACUGCUGUUAACCUUUUUACUAAAACUACUAUUACAAGCUUACUUUAUAUGGACUAUGGCUGAUGUAUUCUGCUAAAUUAUUAUUAUCCAAACCUGUUUUGUGAAGAAAAAAAACAUUUUCAUUGCAUUUCACGACUAAAUUAACUGUACUAUGCUGUAAAUGCAGCAGUCCAAGGGAUUAUCUAUUCCCAUCAUCACAGUGUUGAUGAGCAGCAUCACACACGAGUACAUUACUUUUACUGUUGUACAUUACUAUACAACAUUGCAGUGACAAUGACCCUGUGCAUUUGCAAUGAUGGCUUUAUGUCUUUUGUGUUGUCUAUUAUAAAAUGUAUGAAAACAUUCAUUUUAACAAAUGGUUCAUUGAAAAAUGGAUCAAUGUAAGUGUAAAUGAUACACCCAUUACUUGUACUGCAGCUGUAAUCUGACCCAAGACUUUAAUGUAACAAGUACAUGUAAAUGAUCUUGGUUCAUGAGGACAGCUCCAUGAUAAUGAAUUUUAAACUGCUUGGCGGCAUUGCCAUCAAAGUUAGCACAGUUCAAUAGAUGCAUCUGUUACUGGUUAUCAUGUUGUCUUUCAUAUGUUAACCAUUUCUUUUUUGUUGUGAUGUGAAGGGUGACUAAGAUCACCUCAUAUUUUAUUCAAGUGUUUAUUAAAAUUCAUGUUGACAUUCA